UUAUUUUCCUUUUUUUGGUACGUCUUCCGGAGUAUCAAUCAAAUUAAGUGCUUCAUUUGUCGUUUUUUAGUUAGUUUUGGACUGGUUUUACGAAAGAGAUUAUCUAACUCUUAGCUGUGUCAAGAAAGGGUUUUUCGUUCAAGUCAAGCCAGUCCAAUGAAUUGUUUUAAUUGAGAUUUUUACUGUCAAAUUUGUUUAAUCAUGAUUACGAAAAUCGACUUAAAGCAUUCUUAAGAUGUCUUCUCGGCGUAAUAUGUAAAGCGGUUCGUAAACAAAAUCAAAUUUUUAAUCUUAAAAGCGAGAACUUGUUGAUUGUGUCGUGGAAUAUGGCCACGAAGGGAAACUUGAAGGUAACUUUCAUUCAUGGUACAGAUGAAGUUUCAGGAAAACCAAGUUUUAGGAGACCUAGUAGAACGGUAAAUGGACAUCGUCUGUCUGUCAUUUCAUCUAGCGCUGUUAGAAGGAAGAAAUCGUCCGUCGUUCAAAUGAGAAAAGGUUUCAACUCUCAUCCUUCGUCAUCAACCUCGCCAACACUAACCGUAGAGCAGCAACUGAGCAAUGUUGGUCGAAAUCAUUUUCUACAAUCUUUUGGCAAGGAGACUUUGUUUGGUUACGAAGGAGUCGAGCAGGGAGUUCUUCCUGACAAAUCAGAGGAAAUCACUGAAAAGCAAAAGCAGAGUUUGAUGGAAUUUCUCUUGAAGGACAGUCAGAAAAACCAGUUGGAGAAGAGAGAAGAUAAACGAAGCGAGACCUUGGCGUACGAACGGCUUGAAAGAGCUACUACUGUAGGUACCUUGAGAAAGUCUGUCAACACCAAGUGGGUUUAUGAAGAUAUUUUAGAUAURCGAGGUAAGAAUUUCUCAGGAGAUGGUGUUAUAGAUAUAAAGCAAAGAAUACGAAGUCAGUCUGCUAAUAGAAGAAUUCGAAGAAUCAUGCAAGCUGACAAGGAGAAGGCAGAAAAGGAAAAAGAAAGACAACUUGCCACGGUGAAUGAGGAUCGUAAAAUUAAGAGGAAAACGCUUAAGGGAGCUACCAUCGCUCUUCUUACUAUCAAAGCAACUACUGGAACGUUUGACUUGUUUUUGGAGAAAAAGAAAUGGUUAGCAGAUAGAAGAAAGAAAAGAGGGCUGAUUGCCAUUAGAAAAUUCAGAUGGGCAGCAAGAGUGGUUCGUAUUUUAUGUAAAGUCCUGAAAGUCAUCUCAAGUCUCUCAACCAUCGACACACCAGAAACCGCUGCCCAGAGAUCCUGGUACGCCCUGAAACACUCGUCCGAGGCUAAAGAAAUUUUAUUCAACAUGACGAUUUUUCAGAAAGGAAAGUCACAAUAUGCGUACAUUCCAGAAUGGGCCAAACAUAUUCUGUCCAAGUCUCCAAUGGACAGAACAGACCUGGAUCUGAGUCAGUUACAUUCCUUACUGAAGGGGUUGCAGUCCUACGACAAGUUUACGUACAGGAUACAAAUGGCAAUGUGUCGUGCUAUGGUCUAUCAGAAAAUUGAGAAUGGUCGAGUUAUUAUUCGCAAGGGACACGAAGGAUUGGCAUUCUAUUUCAUUUUCUCCGGUACUGUCUUCGUCAAUGUCGAGGAGCUGUUGAAGAAAUCAGGUCACGUGGUAUGGCACACGUCCGUGGUACUAGGACGAGGAGACAGCUUUGGGGAACUAGCUCUUUUACGCAAGAUCAAACGAACCGCAUCUGUCGUUGUGAGAGAAGACGUGGAGCUGUUGGUUAUUGACAGAGACGUGUUUUCUAUAACAUGUCCCAAGAUUUAUGACAAAGAGCUUGGAGACAAGAUAAGAUUUUGCAAGAGUUUGGAUAUCUUCCACGCAUGGACAGAUGACAUGCUUAGAAACAUCUGUUUUGAAGCUCAAGUUCAAGAGUGGAAGUCAAAUAAAAUCAUUGUUAAAGACAGCAGCAAGGAGACAGAAUGGAUUUACAUUUGCAUGCAGGGAAAGUGCUCUGUCAUCAAGGCCUUGAACCUCAGCCUUCCCCCAGGGACGUUUGGACCGAGAAAGGUAGUUUUUGACGAGCCCUACUUUACGAUGUUUGGAAGAAAAGGUCUGCGAAACCAGAACAGCUCGUCUGAUGUGUGGAAAAAGGAUCUUGAGAAGGGCUUCAAAGAAGCGUUCAGCUUUGCGCACCAGGAGAAGAAAGUUGACGAAAGUAAUGACUUGGAAAAUGAAUCGUCCGACAGUGAUUGUGAUACCGAAAACAAAACAAACAAGUCAUCCACACGAGGUGAAAGCGCGAAAGAACGGAUCAUUGAGGUGAUGGCGCUCUCUUACUCCAAUAUGCCUCACGCUAAAGGUCAUUCACAAUACUGCGAAGUAGACGACGAUAACGCCAACGAAGAUAAUCAAACAGUCCCAGUAAAUGAUCCCAAAUAUGCCUCACACUCAGACGAGGAUCAGACACAGCUCGUCUUGGAAAAGAAAAUGCAACUGGACUCUUUUACGUUGCUCGAUUUGAUGAGGUUGAAACACGAAUCUGGGACACUGAAUAAGGAUGUGGUAUAUUUGAUUAUCGCUAGUAUGCAGCCUGGAGAUAUCUUUGAUUUGAGUGAGAUCCUGAUGCCAACAGGUCGCAAGCUGAUGUUGGUGAGCAAAGGAGCCAUCACUCUCAGAAUAAAAAGGGCAGAUUACUUGCGAUACUCAAAUAAAUCAACCCUGAAACAAGCUAGAGACAUUGCUUUGAAUACAGACUAUCCUUCAGACGAAAAUCUCUACCGGUCUUACAACGACCACUGUGCGUGGGAAAGCUACAAAAGAAAACAAAUAAAUUCAACAAUGAAAGAAGUGCAAGAGGUCUGCACACGGCAUCAUGAAGCUUUAAAACUGGACGCGAAAUUUAUUCGCACACCGCCCAAGAGUGUUAAGGGAAUACUAAGGAAAGAGAUAGAUGAACAAAGAAGACUAGAAGAGCUGGAUAACUACUUGGAUUUUGUUUAUGACGCUAAUAAAGGCAUAAGAAGCUUGCAACGUCGCGAAGAUAUGAAUGAAGAGAAUCAGCACAGUGACAUGGUUCCAUUUGUGUCGCACGCUUUAAAAGACGAUUAAACUUCUUUAAAUAAUAGGACUAGGGCGCGUUUUAGAUCUGUUCUAGCCUUGGCUUUAAAGUUGCUAUCACACUUCUGACAAUAUUCACAAUAUUCAGAUGUCGAAUAACCCGAAAAAAUUUCAUAGCUUGAGUGCAGCUUCUUAAAGUUAUAAAGAUUUUUCCAUGCCAUAUGCUAAUGUUGUGACGUGUGAGGAGACAUUUAUGGUUAUUUGUUGUUCCUUGUAAUUCAAACACCGGCUAACAUGUGAAAGCUAAUUUGCGAUAAUUUUUAUAACAGCCGUAAUGGACAAUGACGUAUUUCAAAUUUAAUUAUCUGUGCCAGUAAUGUUUUGUAUAUUAAGAUUACUCCUCAGCAUAACCAGUUCAAGAAGCCGCACUCAAACUAUUUUUUCCCCCGGAUUAUUCAACAUUUCAUCUCAUGUAGAAUCAAUAUUGUAAAUAUUGUCAGAAGCUAGGGUGAAUAGGCACUUUAAGUAUUAUUAAAAGCUGAUAGGAGUUUAAAAAUUCAAUUACAAAAAAAAAAAAAGAAGAAAUUUUCAAUUAAAAACGGAAGAAAUUGCCUUCAGACUUCGUAAUAGCUCUAAUGGGGCUUUCAAAGAGGAAAGGCAGACAGACAAUAAUGCAAUAAUACUGCUCGAUCAGUUUUACACACAUGCUUUCCAAUCCUUCCAAACAUCCUUCGUGUUUACUGGCUAUGUUUAUACGGAAAACGUUUUUUAUUUGUUUAUUGUCUAAGUUUCUGAAGAACUACAAAUUAUCUAGUAAAACUUAAUAAUUUACCCCACAUUUUUUUUCUAAGUGAUAAAAAUAUAUAAUGGAAAUUUAAAGACAUCGAUCAGCAUAAUGAUUAAAAAAAACUUCUAAGGUUCAGAACAUUAUUAGCUACCGUAUAAUUAAAUUACAAGAACUAAUAAAGAAGUAAGUAAAUCAGCAAGCAUUAGACAAAUUUGCAAAAGCAUUCAAAGUUCUGACGUCACAACAAGUCACAAGCCUAAUAGGACGUUUGCAUGAUGGCGUCAUUUGACUCCCACUACCAUAAUGCUUCGCGAAUUUUCUUUCUGAUUCAAGUUUGUAUUCCCUCAUGAGAAUAGUAAGACAAUUGGUGCUAAUUAACUGAACAAAAGAAAGUGUGCAAGGGAGUCUGGUAGUAGAGGUCAAUGACGCCAUCGUGGAAAUGUCCUAUUUAGAUAAAAAGUGACAAAAAUACAAUAGUGAAAAAAAAAGUCAAGAUUCAGAUUCCAUUUUUUUUAAGAACAAAAACUAAAUCUCAAUUUACGUUACUAAUAAGUAUGACUAGUCUAUAUUUAUUAUAUUUAUUAACUAUAUAUGAGACAACCAACCACUGGAUGUGAGCGCUGGACAGAGAACAUUUUAUUAUAGAGCAGUUACGCUAUGGAAUAAGCUAGACCAAUCAAUUAAAUUAAGUAAGGAUGUUAAAAGUUUUAAGAGUAAGUUAACAGCGAAUCUUCUUCGUAGAUUUAAGAAUCCAUGAUUAA